AUGCAGCCUACAAUGUUCUAUACAGGGGUAUCUUUCUUAGUUUUCUUAAACAUAUUCCCAUCACCUCAUCACGUCAAAUCCACCACCUCAAUCUCCUUCUUCCCCCCUCUCACCGGCAACUUCACCUCUGGCGUCCCCUCCUUUGAACCCGCCACCAUCACCACCACCCCCCCAUUCCUCUCCUUCUCAGCCUUCCACCUCUCCGCCACAACCUUCAUCACAUCCUUCUGCUGCAUCCCCGGCUGCUCCGCCUUGACCCUCUUCAUCUCCUCCUUCAUAAAAAUCUGCACAUUGUACAACCUGUGA